AUGGGUCCAAGCGGUGCAGGAAAAAGUACAUUAUUAGAUUUAAUCUCGGGUAGAGUCAAAGCUACUUCAGGAACGAUCUCAUGGUCAAGCAAGAAUGUUGAGCAUGGAAGAACAAUUGCAAGCUAUGUAGAGCAACACGAUUCUUUACUGGGUGUCUUGACCGUUCGUGAAACGUUAUACUUUUCCGCCAAGCUUAGCAUGCCUCAUGAUACACCUGACGAAGAAGUGAAAGAAAGAACAAAAAUGGUCUUGAAGGGGCUAGGGCUAAGCGAGGUAGCAAACAACAGAAUCGGUACACCAAUCAAAAGAGGUAUUAGUGGAGGUCAAAAAAGAAGAGUGACAAUUGGUUGCAGCUUGGUAUCUAUGCCAAAAGUACUCUUUUUGGACGAGCCAACUUCCGGUUUGGACAUACACACAGCCUUUGAAGUGAUGUCAAGUAUUUCGUCUUUUGCAAAACGAUACGAUAUUGCCGUCUGCGCAACAAUCCACAGUCCAAAUUGGGAUAUUUUCCAACUAUUCAACAAAGUUAUGCUCUUGGCCAAAGCAAAAACAAUCUAUUUCGGGAAUGUGUACGGCGUUGUGGAUUAUAUGGAAGAAAUUGGCUUGCCUUGUCCUGAACGUGCAAAUCCAGCAGAUCACUUACUUCGUAUUGUGGCCGAUGAUAGCUUCUCCAGAAAGACAAAAAGUGAUUCAACGGCAAAUAAAGAACCAGCACCGCUUUGUGUCGCACAGUUGAGCGAAAUAUGGCAACAAAAGAAACAAGACAUGGAAUCUCUUGACUCGAUGGAAAAAGGUACAAUCACAAGCGAAUCACAAGAUAUGACAUCCCCGAUCACCACUCGUACAUAUCACCUCUCUCGCUUGCUAUUUGACACUCGCGUUUUGACUAUUAGGAACAUCUUCAAUUAUCAACGCAACCUUCUAGCAUAUGGAGUUCGUUUUGCCAUGUACGUGGGAAUGGGUGUUUUGAUGGCCACGAUCUGGGUCAACCUUGCAAAGACUGAUAGCAGAAUCAACGACAGACUUUCCAUCCAUUUCUUUUCAGUCGCAUUCCUUGGUUUCAUGAGCGUUGCAGGAAUUCCAAGCUUCUUGGAGGACAGAGCGGUGAUGAAACGUGAAAGGUUCAAUGGCUUAUAUGGACCUGCUUCGUUUACCAUCGCAAGUACUCUCGUUAUUAUGCCUUUCCUUUUCAUUUGUGCUUUGGCUUUUGCUUUGAUUUCGUACUGGUCAAUUGGCCUGCAUCCAGGAGCAAGGUACUUUUUCCGCUGGCUAGCAUUCCUCUACAUUGGCGUUCUUGCAGCUGAGAUGCAAUCUUUGUUGGUCGCUGCUAUCUUGCCAAUCUUUGUUGCCGCUUUAGCAAUUGCAGCAUUUAUAAACGGUUUUUGGAUGACAACGCAAGGUUAUUUCAUUCGAACAGUCAAUUUACCGAGAUUUUGGUACUAUUGGGCUCAUUUUAUCAAUUAUGAAACAUAUGCUUUUGCUUUAUUGGUUAGAACGGAUUUCAAUAAUUUACAAUUCAAAUGCAUCAUCCCAGGUCAAUGCGCAUUUCCUCCCUCGGCCACCAACCCGGAUAUCGUUAAUGGUGAUGAGGUGAUCAAAUCUCUCGAUCUUGACGAGACUCCGUUCUACGCCCAAAUCAUCAUUUUGCUCGCCAUUGUGGUUAUUUAUAGAAUUCUCUUUUACAUGGUUCUCAAACUUCAGAAGCCUUGA